AUGAGGAAAACAUUAAGGAGAAUAUUUAGCCGUCGCCCGAAGAGCACUCCAGCGGCAUUAUGGCCGGCGGGCAAGUACCCGAACCCGAAGAGAGCAUCAGCUCCACCUGUUUUCGGCCGAGUUUACAGCGUGGACGAGAGAAGCACCUUUGCACAACCCGAUUCCUCCGAGCACGAAGCUCGGUACCACGCCACAACACAAUGGGUCCUGGCGACGGCCCAGGAGGAAUUUUCAGACCCGUCUAGGAUUUCAUCACGCAUCAAUCACUUCAAAACCGCAGAGCGAUGGCUUCAAGCGAAUUUUUCCCAGAGAGUGGUCGACGCCGGGGCAUUUCCCGGAAAUAUGGAGUUACUUGAUGGAGUACGCAAGGAAGACACCCGUCUCUUUGUGGUAAUGGACCCGGAAGACUCGACUCAUUAUAUCGCUGUCAACCUCGUGAUUUUUUACACCGAAACGAAUGCGCAACUUGGCCACAGGACCCCAGAGGAGUCCAUUGUGGUUGCAGAGGAUGCAUUAGCACAUUUGCUAAGACAGUGGCAAGGCAGCGGGACGUCUGAUGGAUUUCUUGCUAUUGUAUCUACGAGCAUGGGUACAUCUAUACACACAUUCAAGGCUAAAGAGGGCUUGCGAAUAAUGUCUAUUCACAUUGCAACGCGGAGCAUCUCUUAUAUUCAUUUGUCCUGGGAUUAUGCGCUUGAAGAGAGACCUCCAAUAAUCACGAUCCCACCGUCUCUAGCAGAAACAAAUCUCUUCGGUUUCAAUGAACUUCCGUGGCAAUUGCUCGUGCGCAAAGUGGCUACGAGUCCCUUGAAAUCAGAUGGUACUUCGCAGAGCCAGCCAUAG